CAUCACGGAAGUAGCCACUAAAGUAAAACAUUUCAGGCCGACAGCAAUAAUGUUGCAACUGCAAUUUACCAAAGAUACUUUACCAGAUUCUGUGAGCAAUGACUUUCAGAACUUGAACAAAUUCAACGAACAGGUGAGCAUUCGAUAACGCGAAAUGGUCGUUUUGAGCGUUAGAUAAGAACAGUGAAGCUACACUGCAGUUGGAUGCAAAUCUUAGCUGUAUGCUUGUAGUCAUGAAUUGACAUACCGGUAGUAGUCAAACUUUUUUGGAAUCAUGCUGUUUUUAAUAUGAUACAAUGUUGCAAAAUGAAGAUGAAACACAUUUGUGUCGACAAAGAUAUACAUUUGCUAGACAUUUGUGCCUGAGCAAAGAUUGCCUAUUAUAUUGACAAGAUAGUCAAAUGACUGCUCUAACAAUGGAAAUACGUAUCCUCAAAGAUGGAAGGCAGGCUGGAGGAGGCAAGAUCAGGCGGGGCCAUUCUAGCCAAUGAGAGGGCAGAUACACGUGCGAAGAACAGUUCUUAGGGAUAGAGGACUCAUCUUUGAAUCGGUGCCAUUAUAGUGUCUGUGACAGCAUGGGCAGCACCAUUGAGGCCGUCUCCAUUUUAUUUAAAGUAGUCCAUUUUCUUCUUCUUCAUUGGCUGAUUGCUCCCAACUCAUAGGAAUCCCCACCCAGUUGACUACUUUAAAAUGGUGGAAGCCCUAAAUGGCAAUGUCCAUGUUAAAACAGGUUAUAUCCAUAAUGAGUCCUCUAUCUAUCUCUAUGAACACAGGCACAACUCCUAUAUACAUUUACAUUUACAUCAUUUAGCAGACGCUCUUAUCCAGAGCGACUUACAAAUUGGUGCAUUCAACUUAUGAUAGCAAGUUGCCGAAAUGCCACAUGAGUUCACUUAUAUCAGUGCAUUCGUAACAACCUAACCAUUACGAAACUUCUAUUAGAUCAAAUAAGCCUCAGGUAGCAAAUUAGCAAUUACAUUUUUUGUUGACCAAAUUCAACUCUCUCAUUGACCUCUACACAAAAAUUCCUCACUUUGUGGGCUUAUUUUCAUAGACAGAUUUUGGGCAGAGUAAAACCUCUCACUUUGCCUCUUCCUCUUUGGUUACAUGACUAGCAAGUGUCACAUGAUUCAUAAUUCUAAUUAGGUUUAGCCCACCUUACCUGUCGACCAAGUAGAUCUGUGGCAAAAUAGGAAUCACUGUAUUGAAGAGGCCAAUAAACACUAUUUUUUAACUGUUUCCCUGUAGCAAUUCACAAGUCUGACUGAGAUUAUUUUCAAUUUCCUGUUGGAGCCAAAAAAGGUAAACAUACACACACACACACACACAUUAACUUAUUUUUUACAUUUUAGUCAUUUUGCAGACACACUUAUUCAGACCGACUUACAGUUAGUGAGUGAGACAACCACAUAUCAAAGUUGUAGUAAGUAAAUGUUUCCUCAAAAAAUAUGUUAUCAGCAAAGGCAGUGCUAUUAGGAAAAGUCAAGUGCUAGAUUACAUUUUUUUGGGGAGGGGGGAAUAAGACUGAGAUGUCUUAUUUAAUAUAUUAUUUGAAGAGCUUUUUCAUUCAUGUUGUGCUGUGUGGACAGACAGUCACUUGGCUGGUGUUUCAUUCAUUGUGUUGUAUAUGCAGACGGACAGGUUCCUGCAUCAGCUGAGUGAGUUUGCAGGAGAGAAUGGAAUGAGUGCAGGCCCACUGAGGAACCUCAUGAAGAGCGUCCUGCUGCUUCCCCAUGGUGAGACUGACAGAGCACUCACAAAUAAGCAGAUUUAAAAAUAACUUUUGCUUUUAGCUGCAAGUAUGUACAACAUGAAAUACACAUAAACCAAAAUAUUGUAAAGAUUCCAUCACACAUCUUAGAUGGACGGUAUAUCAAGGAAACUGUCCUUUCUUCUGGUCCAUACUGUUACCACCAUAGAGAUACUGAACAAAAAUAUAAACUAAAAAUGCAACAAUUUCAAAGAUUGUACUGAGUUACAGCAAAUCAGUCAAUUUAAAUAAAUAAAUUAGGCCCCAAUCUAUGGAUUUCACAUGACUGGGAAUACAGAUAUGCGUCUGUUGGUCACGGAUACCUUAAAAAAAAGGGAUGGGCCUAUCUGGUGUGACCACCAUUUGGCUCCUUCGCAAAGCGUUGAUCAGGCUGUUGAUUGUGGCCUAUGGAAUGUUGUCCCACUCUUCUUCAAUGGCUGUGCGAAGUUGCUGGAUGUUGGCGGGAACUUUAAAACGCUGUCGUACACAUCGAUCCAGAGCAUCCCAAACAUGCUCAAUGAGUGACAUGUCUGAUGAAUAUGCAGGCCAUGUAAGAACUGGGACAUUUUCAGCUUCCAGGAAUUGUGUACAGAUCUUUUCGACAUGGGGCCGUGCAUUAUCAUGCUGAAACAUGACGUGAUGGUGGCUGAUGAAUGUCACGGUAUCUCUGUGCAUUCAAAUUGCCAUCGAUAAAAUGCGAUUGUGUUCGUUGUCUGUAUCUUAUGCCUGCCCAUACCAUAACCCCACCGCCACCAUGGGGCACUCUGUUCACAAUGUUGACAUCAGCAAAUCGCUCGCCCACACAAUGUCAUACACAUGGUCUGCGGUUGUGAGGCCGGUUGGACGUACUGCCAAAUUCUCUAAAACGACGUUGGAGGCGGCUUAUGGUAAUGAAAUGAACAUUAAAUUAUCUGGCAACAGCUCUGCUGGACAUUCCUGCAGUCAGCAUGCCAAUUGUAUGCUCCCUCAAAACUUGAGACAUCUGUGUUGUUUGACCAAACUGCACAUUUUAGAGUGGCCUUUUAUUGUCCCCAGCACAAUGUGCACCUGUGUAAUGAUCAGCUUCUUGAUAUGCCACACCUGUCAGGUGGAUGGAUUAUCUUGGCAAAGGAGAAAUGCUCACUAAUAGGGAUGUAAAGAAAUGUGUGUGCAAAUUUGAGAGAAAUAAUAAUUUUGUGCGUAUGGAACAUUUCUUGGAUCUUUUAUUUCAGCUCAUGAAACAUGGGACCAACACAUUACAUGUGUUUAUAUUUUUGUUCAGUGUAUAUUUAAGUAUGUGGUUACAACAACCUCAAAUUGUAAAUCCAUAUGAAUUCAAUAACUUUUUGAUAGCAUCCCUUUUGAUUUAAACAAAACUUUCCAUACAUGUUUGGACCUGAAAGCCAAAACAUUCAUGAGAUAGAGGUGCUCAAUGUUGACCCAUUUUGCAUACCCCACCAUCUUUUCAUCACUGGAAAAUAUAAAUGGUUUAGUUUGAUAUCCUUUAAAAGCUUACAAACAGGGUUGUUGAACUAUUUUAUAAUUUCUUGAAAAAAAUGUUGUUUUAGCAAAAAUUCUUCAAUUGUUUUACCUUUAAUGUAAAUUAUUUAAAAAAUGCAUAAACUCAGAUUUUUUUCAUAUUCGCAUAUGUUGUAGUUUAGACCCUACUUUACAUCAUCUGAUGUUUUUGUGUUGGACCCGCCAUCAGUUGAGACACAACAUACUCAUGAAUAUAGGGUGGGUGUCAUUUCAAUCAUAUAAAUAUAUUUAAUAGAAUGGACCUAUCCCUUUUGAACAAUUUAGCUGGUACACCAUGGGUAGGCAACCUUGGUCCUGGAGUGCUGCAGGCACUUCAAGUUUGUGAUUUAACAGACCUGGAAGACCAGCCACUGUGGUAGGUUGAUAAUUGCUAGACAACCAUUUUCAGGUCUUGCCUUAGAUUUUCAAGUAGAUUUAAGUCAACUGUAACUUGGCCACUCAGGAACAUGCACUGUCUUCUUGGUAAGUAACUCCAGUGUAGAUUUGGCCUUGUGUUUUAGAUUAUUGUCCUGCUGAAUGGUGAAUUCAUCUCCCAGUGUCUGGUAGAAAGCAGACCGAACCAGGUUUUCCUGUAGGAUUUUGCCUGUGCUUCGCUCCAUUCCAUUUCUCUUAUUUAUCCUGACAACUUUAGCACUGUUACAGACUUACUCCUCUUUUUUUAACAAUAGCCUAUAUAAAAAUAUAAACAUCUCUGGUGCUGCUGCAUGGGCUCAUUCGUUGUCUUGCUAUCAUUACACAGGCUGUGUGACUCAUUUCUUGGUCGACUCAUAUCAACAUCUCUAUGCAUUAGUGGUGGGGUAGGCUAAAUACCUACAACAGAAUAGGCCUAAUUAAAAGAACAGUGAUGAAGGAAAUGAAAUAGAGAGAAGGCGCGAGAGAGAAGGCCAACACUCAUAAAAAAAUAUACAAAAAGUCUGCUCCAGCCAAAUUGCGCAUUCUCCGCUCCACUCCACUCACAUCCUCUGGGCAUAACACAAAAACCUCAGAUGAUGUAAAAUAGGGUCUAAGCUACAACAUAGUCAAAUGUGAAAAAAAUCUGAGUUUACGCGUUUUUAGAUAAUUUACGUUUAAAGGGUAGGAGGUAACAUAAACGUAACCAGAUGUAACAUAUGGAUUUGCAUUAGUAUACGCAUCAAUAGUCCCAAUGCAAUGUUACACCUCAGUUUAAAUUUUUCGAGUUAUUACAUAAGACCGAUCAGAAUGCCAAAGUCAUGCCGGAAAAUAUUUUUGCGGGGUGUGAGUAAUAUGGAGGACCUGGCAAGCCAGCCUAUUACCUAUAAUGUAAACUCCAACAGAAAUAACUUCAUAUUAAACCAAAUCAUUUGCACUCAUGACUACUAGUUUCAAUGUCAUUUUCAGCCAACUUACAAGCAAAUACUUUAUGAAUUUAUUGUUACAAAUCAGCUUUCAAGGUUGCUAGCCAACUAGCCUGCUAACGUGACAUUAGCACUGCAUGAGUCAGCCAGUUUUUAUUAACACCUAACUUACAGCUACAGUGAGGGAAAAAAGUAUUUGAUCCCCUGCUGAUUUUGUACGUUUGCCCACUGACAAAGACAUGAUCAGUCUAUAAUUUUAAUGGUAGGUUUAUUUGAACAGUGAGAGACAGAAUUUUCUCCCUCACUUUUCUCCCUCACUGUACAUUAAAGUAAACCAAUGUUUUGGAAAUACAUAACGCCAUCUAACCAGUCAACAAAUAAUGUUGCCGGUAUAUGCAGUUAUCUUAGCAAGCAAGCCAGACAGAUAAAGUUACUUAUUUUAGCCUGCUAGCUAGUCUAGCCAGCUAACUAGCCUAGCUAGCCAACCACCACGGUCGACAUAGCUAAGUAGUAAGACAGAGAAAAACAUCAACUAGUCUAGCACAGGUAGGAACCCACAGAAAACACACAAAAAACCCAGCAGAUAUAAAGUAGAGAGAGUGGAGACUUCCCGAUUGAUGGCUGAGUUGGCUACCAAAGAAGAGCCAAGGAGAGAGGUGCUUCAGAGGGAGAGGCCGUUUCACCGGCCGAGGGAGAGUCAGCUAAUCCAAUAGCGAUAUAGUAAGGUAAAUCCAAAGUAGAUAGAUUCCAGAGGCAAUAAUCCAGAGGCGGCAUUGGGCACAGCAAACAAGGGGAAGAGUCAACAAUAAGAUGGCAAUCGGAGAUGGAAGCAAUCACAACAGCACAGUCAGUCAGCUACUGUAGUGCACUAGUACUAAGCCAAGGUUGAAAAACUGAUAAAGCGAAAAUAGGUUUUUAGACAUUUUUGCCAAUUUGUUAAAAAUAAAAAACAGAAAUACCUUAUUUACAUAAGUAUUGCUAUGAGACUCGAAAUUGAGCUCAGAUGCAUCCUGUUUCCAUUGAUCAUCCUUGAGAUGUUUCUACAACAUGAUUGGAGUCCACCUAUGGUAAAUUCAAUUGAUUGGACAUGAUUUGGAAAGGCACACACCUGUCUAUAUAAGGUCCCACAGUUGACAGUGCAUGUCAGAGCAAAAACCAAGCCUUGAGGUCGAAGGAAUUGUCCGUAGAGCUCCGAGACAGGAUUGUGUCAAGGCACAGAUCUGGAGAAUGGUACCAAAACAUUUCUGCAGCAUUGAAGGUCCCCAAGAACACAGUGGCCAUCAUUCUUAAAUGGAAGAAGUUUGGAACCGCCAAGACUGUUCCUAGAGCUGGCCGCCCGACCAAACUGAGCAAUCAGGGACGAAGGGCCUUGGUCAGGGAGGUGACUAAGAACCCGAUGGUCAUUCUGACAGAGCUCCAGAGUUCCUCUGUGGAGAUAGGAGAACCUUCCAGAAAGACAACCAUCUCUGCAGCACUCCACCAAUCAGGCCUUUAUGGUAGGGUGGCCAGAUGGAAGCUACUCCUCAGUAAAAGGCACAUGACAGCCCACUUGGGAUUCUCAGACCACUUGGGACUCUCAGACCAUCUGAAACAAGAUUCUUUGAUGAAACCAAGAUUGAACUCUUUGGCCUGAAUGCCAAGUGUCACGUCUGGAGGAAACCUGGAACCAUGUUUUUCAGCGGCAGGGAAACUAGUCAGGAUUGAGGGAAAGAUGAACGGAGCAAAGUACAGAGAGAUCCUUGAUGAAAACCGGCUCCAGAAUAGUCAGGACCUCAAACUGGGGCGACGGUUCACCUUCCAACAGGACAAAGACCCUAAGCACACAGCCAAUACAACGCAGGAGUGGCUUCGGGACAAGUCUCUGAAUGUCCUUGAGUGGCCCAGCCAGAGCCCGGACUUGAACCCGAUCGAACAUCUCUGGAGAGACCUGAUAAUAGCUGUGCAGCAACACUUCCCAUCCAACCUGACAGAGCUUGAGAGGAUCUGCAGAGAAGAAUGGGAGAAACUCCCCAAAUACAGGUGUGCCAAGCAAACUCAUGGCUGUAAUGUUUCAACAAAGUACUGAGUGAAGGGUCUAAAUACUUAUGUAAAUGUGAUAUUUCCGUUUCUUUGUUGUUGUUUUUAAUUUUUAUUCUAAAAAUCUGUUUUUGCAUUAUCAUAAUGGGUUAUUGUGUGUAAAUUGAUGAGGGAAUAAACAAUUAAAUCCAUUUUAGAAUAAGGCAGUAACGUAACAAAAUGUGGAAAAAGGGGUCUGAAUUCUUUCCGAAUGCACUGUAGGUAACCAGAUCGUUACUACCCACUGGGCACAUACUGUUUGAAUCAAAUUUCAAUUAAAUUACGUUGAACCAAUGUGGAAUAGACGUUGAAUUGACAUCUCUGCCCAGUGGGUAAGUCUUUGACCACACUAUGCUGUUACUUUGGUGAGUAAAAAUUCAUGCUUCCUACCCUUUUAAGGUUAAAAUGAUAUUAUAAAAACUUUUUUUUGGGGGGGGGGGGGGGGGGGGGAUUUGACAACCCUGUUUGUAAGCUUUUAAAUUAUAGCAAUCUCAACCAUUUAUAUUUUCCAGACAUGGAUGUCUCAUGGUAUGGGGGGUAUGCAAAAUAGGUCUACUUUGAGCACUUUUAUCUCCUUGAAUAUUUUGGCAUUCAGGUCCAAAAUGUCACUUUCUGAGCACUUCUACAAUGGGCAAAUAUGUAUGGAAGGUUUCAUUCAAAUCAAAAGCGGUGCUGUCAAAAAGUGAUUGAAUUCAAAUAGAUUUACCCAAAAGGGACAAAGUGUUGUUGUUUAAUUUAACUCAAAACCAAAAUUCUAGGUGCCCUGAAGAAAAAUCUGACGGCAGACCAAGUCAAAGAGGACCUUCUCGCUUUAGGUAUGUUGUAAUAUGAAAUCCCAUAUACUGUCAGUGGUGGAAAAAGUACCCAAUUGUCAUACUUGAGUAAAAGUAAAGAUACCUUCAUAGAAAAUUACUCAAGUAAAAGUGAAAGUCACCCAGUAAAAUACUACUUGAGUAAAAGUCUAAAGGUAUUUGGUUUUAAAUAUACUUAAGUAUCAAAAGUAAAUGUAAUUGCUCAGAUAUACUUAAGUACAAAAGUGAAAGUAUAAAUUAUUCCAAAUUCCUUAUAUUAAGCAAACCAGACUGCACAAUUUUAGUUUUAUUUUAGUUUUUGGAUAGCCAGGGGCACACUCCAACACUCAGACAUCAUUUACAAACGAAGCAGGUGUGUUUAGUGAGUCCGCCAGAUCAGAGGCAGUAGGGAUGACCAGGGAUGUUCUCUUGAUAAGUGCAAUUUUCCUGUCCUGCUAAGCAUUCACAAUGUAACGAGUACUUUUGGGAGUACUUUUGGGUGUCAGGGAAAAUGUUUGGAGUAAAAAGUACAUCAUUUUCUUUAGGACUUGUUCUCAACUGGCUUACCUGGUUAAAUAAAGGUGAAAUAAAAUAAAAUUAAAAAGUAAAAGUUGUCAAAUAUAAAUAGUAAGGUAAAGUACAGAUACCCAAAAAAACGACUUAAGUAGUACUUUAAAGUAAUUUUAUUUAAGUACUUUACACCACUGAAUACUGUACGUAUCAAAGCUAAUAAAUAUUCCUGUCUCCACAGUCCUCAUUACUAAUGAGUUUUAGUGUCAUUGGACAACAUAUAUAAUGUUGUAUAAUCUUUUCAUUUUUAGGACUCAUUGAAGACAAGGCAGCCCAUUUUUCACAACAGGUAUAUUUUAUAUCAUAUCCUCCAUGCUGUGUCAGUACUCUAUUUAAGUACAGUGUUCAAUUGAGAAAAAAUGUAAAAUAUGUAUUUUAUAUAUAUAUAUAUAUAUUUUAGUGGAACCUCCACUACGCUGUGUUGUCCAGGCUGGCUGUAGGACAGACUCUGAUGGUCAACCAGCUGGUGGACAUGGAGUGGAAGUUUGGUGGUAAGACUUCAGUUUAAUCAGGGACCGAUAUUUUAGGGGCCUGUAGAGCAGUAGUGCUGAUCUAGGAUCAGUUUAGCCUUUUUAGAUAAUAAUGAAUAAUUAUAUGGAAAGGAAGGACCUGAUCCUAGAUCCGUACUCCUACCCUGAGAUAUUUACGAAUAGGGGCCCAGGAUAGAAUUGCCGUUGUAAAUAACCCUCAUCGUAUUAUAGAUAGAUGGAUGUUUUAUGUUGUAUAUAGUGUGCAUUUGGGAUGGAUGAAUUACCCUAUUCCGGGUCCUCUCCAUUAAUGUACAUAAAGGAUGAGGGUGAAGGGGAGAGAAAGGGGGCAAGACGGAGAUGUAUAAAGGCCACUAAUUCGCUCUAUACACUUGAAUAGGCACGACCAGAGCCUUGUAUUUAGAGAGUUGGGCCAAUGCGGUUUCUGCAUUAUGAUGCAUUUACAUGACACUUCAACAUUCUGUGGCAGCCAUUUUUUGCCCGGGCCAAACACUUCUUGCUCCGAUCAAACGCUACGUCACAACCACGGACGUUAGUUUCUUCGCCGCAAUGAGUCUGGAUCUGAAUACCUCCCCUAGGAUUUCUAGAACGCAAACACAUUCUAACCAUUCUGAUUGGUCCCAGAAACCGAUGGGUUGGGCCAGAGCCAGAACACACGUGGGUAAAGGGGUGUUUUGAAAAUGUAAUUGGCUUUGAUACUCUGAUUGCUUAGAGGAUCCAAUCACUGAUGACUUUGUUUUGUACAACACCCCUCAUCAGAAACGACUUCAACGAUGGCAGUCUGACUGAAGUAUGUAGCAAACAUAGAGAAGUGCGCUUGUCUAUAAUCCAAGCGUCUAGAGCACUUGGCUGAAGCCCAGCUAAUGGUGUUUACUUUGACUUUGGAUUCAAAUUUAAAUGCCUCUCUCUUUUGAUAGUUAAAAGUGCUGUUCAAUUACAAUAUGGACAAUGUACAAUAAGGCAUUGUGAUUAAAUGCACAAUUGAAUGUUGUCUGUCUCCAUAGUGACCGUGGGGACAAGUGAACUUCAGAAAGUUGGAAACACCUUUCUACAGGUAUUAUUUAUGUUGCUAUCAUGAUUACGUAUAAAUGUACAGUGCCUUCAGAAAAUAUUCAUACCCCUUGACUUAUUCCACAUUUUGUUGUGUUACAGCCUGAAUUCAAAAUGGAUUACGUUGAUUUUUUUAUCUCACCCAUCUACACACAAUACCCAUAAUGACAGUGAAAACAUGUUUUUCUAAAUUUUUGCAAAUGUAUUGAAAAUGAAAUAUAGAAAUAUCUAAUUUACAUAUGUAUUCACACCCCUGAGUCAAUACAUGUUAGAAUCACCUUUGGCAGCGAUUACAGCUGUGAGUCUUAUUCAAGGUCUGUCAAGUUGGUUCUUGAUCAUUGAUAGACAGCCAUUUUCAAGUCUUGCAAUAGAUUUCUAAGUUGAUUUAAGUCAAAACUGUAACUAGGCCACUCAAGAACAUUCAAUGUCGUCUUGGUAAGCAACUCCAGUGUAUAUUUGGCCUUGUGUCUUAGGAUAUUGUCGUGCUGAAAGGUGAAUUUGUCUCCCAUGUGUCUGUUGGAAAGCAGACUGAACCAGGUUUUCCUCUAGGAUUUUGCCUUAGCUCUAUUCCGUUUCUUUUUAUCCUAAAAAAAACUCCCUAAUCCUUGCCGAUGACAAGCAGCAGCCAUCACUAUGCUUGAAAAUAUGAAGAGUAGUACUCUGAUGUGUUGGAUUUGCCCCAAACAUAACACUUUGUAUUCAGUACAAAAAGUAAAUUUCUUUGCCACAUUAUUUGCAGUUUUACUUUAGUGCCUUAUUGCAAACAGGAUGCAUGUUUUGGAAUAUUUGUAUUCUGUACAGGCUUUCUUCUUUUCGCUCUGUCAUUUAGGUUAGUAUUGUGGAGUAACUACAAUGCCAGUUUUCUCCUACCAUAGCCAUUAAACUGUUUUAAAGUCACCAUUGGCCUCAUGGUGAAAUCCCUGAGCGGUUUCCUUCCUCUCUGGCAACUGAGUUAGGAAGGACGCCUGUAUCUUUGUUGUGACUGGGUGUAUUGAUACACCAUCCAAAGUGUAAUUAAUAACUUCAUCAUGCUCAACGGGAUAUUCAAUGUCUGUUUUGUUUUUUUACCCAUCUACCAAUAGGUGCCCUUCUUUGCGAGGCAUUGGGAAACCUCCCUGGUCUUUGUGGUUGAAUCUGUGUUUGAAAUUCACUGCUUGACUGAAGGACCUUACAAUUAUCUGUAUGUGUGGGGUAGAGAGAUGUGGUAGUCAUUCAAAAAUCAUGGUAAACACUAUUAUUGCAGUCCAUGCAACUUAUGUGACUUGUUAAGCACAUUUUUACUCCUGAACUUAUUUAAGCUUGCAAUACAAAGGGGUUGAAUACUUAUUGACUCAAGACAUUUCAGCUUUUCAUUUUUUAUUAAUUUGUAAAUUAUUCUAAAAAACAUAAUUCCACUUUUAUUAUUGGGUAUUGUGUGUAGGCCAGUGACACAAAAUCUCAAUGUAAUCCAUUUUAAAUUCAGGCUGUAACACAACAACAUGUGGAAAAAGUAGAGUGGUGUGAUUUACUUUCUGAAGGCACUGAAUAGAUUGACCAGCUUAUCAAAUAUGGCAAAUAAAAUAUGGAUUCAGUGUGUAUCUGCUGUCUAGACCAUAAACCCAUAGCUUAGAGGUUAAAAUAAUGAUUGAUAAACAGUCAAAUAUUUUGUAAGAAGUGUGAAUUAUAAAUGUUAUAGCUUUAUGGGCUAACUGACUGAACGAUGAGGGUGUGAUAGAUCGCUAUGACAACAGUUUUAGCCGUUAGUUUUCACGGUCUGUUUUCCAACUUGUCAGAAUUCCUGCGGACUGCUAAAUACUGUAUUUUUCCCCUUCAGCUGCUUUGAUUUGUUGACAAAAAUAUGUUGACACAUAGUGAAACUAGCACUCUGAAUGACCAUAGCAUGAGUAUAUGUUUAGUACUAGCACAAUAUACAGAAUCUGUCCUCACCAUGUCUAAUAUUUCGAAGACAUUGGCACAUUUCUGUGUUCUACUACACUAUUUGAAAAUAUCUCUACAUCUCUUCCAGCUUAAGUUGGUCAUCAGAAAGGGGAACUCAACUGAAAAUGUCUACAUGGGUGAGUCUCUAACUCUUAACCCCAGUCAAUAUGUCAUUGGUUCACUUUGCUUAUUGUUCUUGGUAUCAUUCACAGAUUUGGUCUGUUUUUUUGUUCUUUCUUUAGAGUUGACCCUUCCCCAGUUUUACAACUUUCUCCAUGAAAUGGAGAGGGCCAAAGCCAGUAUGGACUGUUUCAGCUGAGCCUGAUCGCCAGUAGCAUGAGAAUGUACUGAAUAUGUGUCCUAGAGGGGCAGCAGAAAACAUGAGUGGAGAUGCCAGUGACAGUGAUUGACACUGGGUGUGUCCCAAAUGGCACCC